GUAUUGGUAGGGAGCACACAGUGCCCAGGACCGCAUUGGCUGUUGUGUUUUUUUCACAAGGGUCCCAAACUACACCGAGAUUUGGAAUAUUACGUUACAGUCCUGCAGGAAAAAUGGCGACUGCCAUUCAUAAUCCUCUAAAAUCGCUUGGUGACCAGUUCUAUAGGGAGGCAAUCGAACACUGUCGCAGCUACAAUGCCCGUCUCUGCGCUGAACGCAGCGUGCGCAUGCCCUUCCUGGACUCCCAGACUGGUGUGGCGCAAAACAACUGCUACAUCUGGAUGGAAAAAUGCCAGCGCCAGCCAGGCCAGGCAGCAGGACAGAUGUAUACCUACCCUGCCCGUUGCUGGAGAAAGAAGAGGCGACUCCACCCUCCCCUAGAUCCCCAGCUCCGCCUAUGUGAGCUUCGACUAGAAGCUGAGAUGGCCCCGAAGCGCGAGGGGCCCCCAGGGGAGGCCACAGCCUUGGAGGCCCUCCUGAGGGGGGACAGCCAGAUUGAGAAAAAAAACAACAUCUGUAAGGAGGAGGAGACGAUGCUGGAAAUACAGAGAGUUCUGGAGGCAGAGGAAAACGGAGACGGUCUCGGUGAUGAAGAUGACUUUGAACUGGAUACUCCAAAGAGGAAGAACAGAAACAGAGGCAAAAACAGAGGAUCCAGUCGCAGGAGGACAGAAGCCGCUAACCUUGAAGACCAGGACAAACCUUACGUCUGUGACAAUAGAUACAAACAAAAGCAUAACUCAAAAAAGGCUGAAGAAGUCUGUGGAAAGCGCUACAAGAACCGGCCUGGCCUGAGCUACCACUACACCCACACUCACCUGGCAGAGGAGGAGGGCGAGGAGGAGAAGGAAUCAGAGAUGACCCCGUCUCCUCCAUACUGCCCGGACAACCACAAACCUCAGAAGGCUGCAGACGGCAGCAUCAUCCCCAACGACUACUGUGACUUCUGCCUGGGCGACCAGGACUCCAACAGGAAGACGGGCCAGGCCGAGGAGCUGGUGUCCUGCUCUGACUGUGGACGCUCCGGUCACCCCACAUGUCUGCAGUUCACCGACAACAUGAUGCAGGCGGUGAGGACGUACCAGUGGCAGUGCAUAGAGUGCAAGUCCUGCAGCCUCUGCGGCACAUCAGAGAACGAUGACCAGCUGCUGUUCUGCGAUGACUGUGACAGAGGAUACCACAUGUACUGCCUGAAGCCCCCAAUGACCAAGCCUCCAGAAGGGAGCUGGAGCUGUCACGUAUGUCUGGACCUUUUAAAAGACAAGGCCUCCGCCUAUGGAGAAGCAUAACUUCCAUGAACAUUCUCUUCAAAUCACACUUACACACACAAUUUAUAUAUAUUUGUACCUAUACAUUAACUGUUUGACAAACCCACACUUUAGCAAACACUUCUCUCAGAUAUAAUCAAAAAAACACACUCCAGUGCAUUAGCCGGCUCAGAGCAGUUUCCUGUCUGAGGCGCGAAGACCUUUGACCUCUCAUGUAGCCGAGCAACACUCAAAAAACGGCAUCAACAUGCAACCUCGACCAUCAGCUAGCUGCAGGUUUGCCGUUAUAGGUUAUUUCUCUACCUCACCACUCAGCAGACGGCAAGAAGCCAAAGCAAGAUUGAUAACGGCCAAUACUGUGCAGUACAAAUACUCAUUUUAAACCAACCUCGGAUGUUUUCACUCCUGAUUUAAAUUGUAUUCUGAAGAUUUGUUGCAGGCUUUUCUGCUUCAAGCUGUUGUCACUUGCUUCCCUUUCUGCUCAAGCUCUACAGUGAGUUUGACUGAUGUUUGUUUAACUUCUUCCUCCCAGCUCUACUCCUCUCCUGUGUUUAGACUUUGCCGUUUCAUAUCUGGACAGACUCAAUAUUAGCUAUGCCAUCUUUCACAGGUUUUUGUCAAGCUUUGUUAAAUGUAUGUCCUGCGCUGGGAGGAAACAGGGCGAUAAAACAGCCUCUGCUAUCAUUCCUGUUGGAGCGUGGUGACAUUUCUAAUCCACGUCUGCUUAUUGUAUCCUCGCCGUUACUAGGGUACACUGGUGCUAAAUUUGACACUUUACAAAAAUUAUAGCAUUUCUUUGCAUGGAAUGUUAUUAUUUAUUUUUCAUUUUAAUGGUCCAAUGUUACUGUCAAAUAGAUCAUUGUUACUGUAAAUCAGUGGUUCCCAAGCCUUUCAUGUAAUCUCCCCCUUGUGGAAACCAGCAUAAAAACAUCGGUCCCUUAACUAAAACACAUCAAUUCAUGUAUUUUAAAUCAACCGGUAACAAUACCGGCAAAGUAACAAAAAGAGGAGCCUGAAAUAUAUUAAAAUAUUAUUCAUAUCAACACAAACUUCAUAUUUUCAGAUGUUCCUAUUAUAUACUGGUGUUCAAAUAUACAUAUAAAUACAAUUCCUUCCAAAAAGUCUUUACACUCUACAACUACUACUGUAUUAACAGGGAAUUUAAGAUUUUUAUAUUUUGGAUUUGACUGACAGAGCCUCACUAGGUAUUCAUUUCUUUCUGUCGAGUCUAUUCAUGUUUUAGGUACUGUACACGUUGUCACCUGCUCCAUACACCUGGGUUGCUGAAUCUUGAAAGCAUCAGAGCACUGCUAUUUUUUUUCCCCCCCAAAUGAAUCAAUCUCAUUCAUAUUUUUUUUUCUCCACAGCAGUUGGUUUAGAAAAGCACAGGACGAACUAAUAGAGUGGUGAAGUCCCUCCCCUUCCGGUGGACCUCCAUGGGACCUUAUUUCGAAAAAAGUAUGUAUUGAAGUCAAUGG